AUGCUGUCUCUGUACAUUUGCAGCGCCUCGCUCUUUGUGCUGAGCGCCUCGUCCCUGAAAAUCUCACAAGCAGGUCAACAAGCACCAACAUACACUGCAUCUCUGGGAAAAACUGCUAAGUGCCUCAGCGAGCUCAAUGCUGCUCGUGAAGCAGCCGGGUUGACAAACUUCACCGAGGCCCCAGACGGCAAAAAAUUGAGUGAUCCAGAAGAGCAACUGCAAGAAGAUGGCGAGUGGAUGAAAGUCUGCAAAUAUCUGGUCCCAACGGAGCAAAAAGACCCCGUGGCUGCCGCAAGCGCAACGAAUCCAUUUCAGGACGGAACAUAUGCCUUCAAGCCCCUUACUGCCGCCGAACCCAACUGCGAGGAAACAGUUGAUCACUGGAAGGCAGCCUUCAAAAAUUUCACUGGCCUUCCGCCAUCAAAGACUGAAGGAGCAAAUCUAUAUAAAAAUCAGGACAACGUUUCUUUUGUAGCCUUGUAUAACCCCUCAUCCGAUGCCACUGCAGACUGCAGGGUUGUUACGUGCACUAAAACCACUGCAGGAGGCACAGUGCUGCAGAAUGAUUCAGAGCAAAGCCCCGAAUAUGGCUACGCACUGAUUUGCAAGACAAUGCCCUCUGCCUUUGCAGACGACAAUACUGCCCCAUUCACGCAGGAUCAGUGGGACAAGAUCGCAUCCUCGCUCACGGGGUCAGCUUCAAUCGCUAUUCCAUGCUUUGGUGCAUUCUUGAUCGUGGCAAUUAGCAUGAUUGCACUGUAG